CUAGUGACAGACACGAACAAGCAAGCCAAAGCAAAUGAGUUUGAUGUAUUUGGUUUUAAACCCCGCGAGCACACUCUGAAUAGGCUCCAACGAGUCCAGCUAAAGGCCAGGCACGUGCAACAUAAUAAUAUUGCUUCAUAUAGUCAGUUUUGAGGAGUUUUAGACGUUAUUUAUUCGAUGUGGGGUUCCUCGGUCGAAUUGCCUUCCUGAACUCUUCCACUGGUGGAUAUUUUUUAUCGCCUCGUCAGACUGCAAAAAUUCAGUGGACGAGGAGAAGGACGGAGAGUUCUGCAAAAGUUUCAUAAUUUGGGUCCGUCCUUCGUCAAACUGCAACAUCGGGGGAAAUCGAACUAUUGGCAAGAUCUGGGGGGACCCGUGACUGCCUCUAGCAUGAUGUCAUACCUCAAACAGCCCCCCUACGCCAUGAACGGCCUGGGGCUGAGCGGCGCCGCCAUGGACCUACUGCACCCAUCCGUCGGAUACCCAGCGACGCCCAGAAAACAACGGAGGGAAAGAACAACGUUUACGCGCUCACAGCUUGACAUUCUCGAAGCGCUCUUUGCCAAAACUCGUUAUCCGGAUAUAUUUAUGAGAGAAGAGGUGGCACUGAAGAUCAACCUUCCCGAGUCUAGAGUUCAGGUGUGGUUUAAGAAUCGUCGUGCCAAAUGUCGCCAGCAGCAGCAGAGUAGCAGCAGUACUAAAGCUCGGCCUGCAAAGAAAAAGUCCUCACCUACCCGGGAGAGCACAGGCUCAGAGAGCAGCGGGCAGUUCACCCCUCCUGCCGUCUCCAGUACUGGCUCUUCCUCCUCCUCCUCCUCUUCCUCUACCAAUAAUACAGGCAUUAGCAGCGCCUCUACCUCUAUCAGUACUGUCUCCUCAAUCUGGAGCCCUGCCAUUUCUCCAGGCUCUGCUCCCCCAUCCGUCUCCCUGCCAGAGCCUGUCGCUCCCUCAAAUGCCUCCUGCAUGCAACGUUCCGUCUCGGGCACGGCCAGUUCCUCCUACCCCAUGCCCUACAACCAGACCACCGGCUACAGCCAGGGUUACCCAACUUCUUCCAGUUCUUACUUUAGCGGGGUGGACUGUGGCUCUUAUCUGGCCCCCAUGCACUCUCACCACCACCCUCAUCAGCUCAGCCCUAUAACAGCUUCGUCCAUGCCCACACACCCCCAUCACCACAUCAGUCAGUCCUCAGGACAUCACCACCACCAUCACCACCAGGCCUACAGUGGCACUGGCCUGGCCUUUAAUUCUUCUGACUGCCUGGAUUACAAGGAGCAAACAGCCUCCUCCUGGAAGCUCAACUUCAACACUACAGACUGUUUGGACUACAAAGACCAAGCGUCCUGGAGGUUCCAAGUCUUGUGAUCUGAUUUUUUUAAAUGCCCUCCAUUUUCACCACCUCUCUGUUUUAACAGUGUGAUGAGUUUAAGGGGAAAAAAAUAAUAAUUAUAUAUGGACUUAUAGAUUUUAACAAAAUAGUUAGAUGUUCAUCAAAUUUUUAAAAAUGAGCCCCCCUUUUUGAGAGAAAAUAAAAAUGGCAAAGUGGUGAAGGGGAAAUGAAAUCUAAUUUUCCCUUUUGUCUCUGAGGAGACUUAAUUAGAAUAAUUUGAAGACCAAGGGUUCUGGUUCUGAAAUAUUCUACCGAACUCGCCUCAUCUGGAUCUGGAUUACCGUUUUUCUACACUGAACGCUCAGUUACAAUUUUACCUCCACCUCUCAAAUCUUGUACAGCUGUUUCGUUUUCUAAAUAUGGUUAUUUUUUAGGAUGACAGAUUCUAGUCAGCUGAAAGGAGCUGAAUUGUGUACAUAUGUAUUUGGGUCAGUUACAUUGACCAUAUUUAGUUGAUGUUACUGGAUUUCAAGACUUUUGAAAAGACUUUAUGUAAAUCUUUUUCCCAAAUCAUCCAAAGAUCAAGAAUUGCCCACUGGACUCAUUUGUUAUAUUGAAAACCAAUUUUGUUACCCUGAAAAAUAAUAGGAUUUUAUA